AUGAAGGCAGCACAGAUGAUCAUGCCUAAAAAAUUCAGGAGCGUGCGAGACAAGAGUGGGAGCCACCGACGAAACAAGUCGUCUGAACCCGGCGCAAAGGUCUGUGCUCGCCCAUUGGGGAUUGAUUCCUGGCUGUCUAUCUUUAGGCCAGAGUCCGCAAAACAAGCCCAAAAGGAAAAGGAGGUCGAGGAGAUCAAAAAGAAACUCGAAGAGCUCAACUACCACGAGAUCACAACCGACAUUAUCCGUUAUGCCCUCGACUCCAAGUUCGCCGACGGCGACGUCGACAAGGCUCUGGAGCUGUUACAGCUACAACAGCAGGCGUUCGCUGGGAUAAUACAGCCAUACAACGCCAAUGUCCAAAUGCUGGGCGCCGUGAACCGGGGAAAUGUUACUUGUUAUCUCGACGCCCUGCUAUUUGCCAUGUUCGCCAAGCUCCAGGCCUUCGAGUGCAUGCUCAAGAAUGACUCUACGGACGAGGCUCAAAGGAAACUGGCUGCCUUGUUACGGUUAUGGGUCAACAUGUUGAGAAGCGGAAAGUUGAUUCCUACGGAUAUGGAAUCGCUUGCUGCAUGUGGGUGGAAGGAAGCCCAGUUGUUGGAACAGCAAGACACCUCAGAGGCUUUUGCGUUUAUUACAGAGACACUACAGCUACCUCUACUUACGCUGCAGGUCGAUUUGUUUCACCAAGGAAAGGGCGAUGUGGAUGAUCACAAAGUGGUACACGAGCGGUUACUCAACCUUGCCGUCCCUCCCGAUCCGUCGGGCAAGGGCAUCAAACUCGAGGACUGCCUGGAGGAGUACUUCAACAACAAGGUCGAUGUGCUUCGAGACAGCCUCGAGGAGAAGAAGGGCGGAUUCUCGACACCCAAAAACACAUUAUUGGGCACCACAGAUGAGGACGCGGCAACGCCGACCGACAAUGGCGAGAGCUCGAAACUCCAGCGCAGAUGGACGUUACAAGAGACCAUCACACAUUCCCCGGUAUCCAUGACGAACCCCACCCUGGAGGCUGCCGCCGAGUCGCCGGCUGUGUCGCGUAAUAGAUCUACGAGCAUCAUACAGCGAAUUGUGGUCAAGAACGAGGAGGACCCGGCAUCCAACGGUGAAGCAGAGAGCACCUCCCCGAAGCACAAGCGAAAGAUUUCAACAAUUGUAAAGGCUGUCACGAUACCAGCGUGGCAGUUUUUCCGGCUAAUCCGUGGCGAACCUAGUAAUGACGCUGAAGUAGCUCGCCAUUUUACCCAACGACCGGUGGUGGGGAUCUGCUUGAAGAGAUACACAAUGACAGAACAGGGUGUUCCUAAGCGACAAAAUACUCUGAUCGAUAUCCCGGACAGUUUGCGAUUGCCUCAGUUCAUGGCGGAGGACAUCAACACCAAGGACAAGGAUUCCAGUGGGCUUCGGGAAGAAUUCAAGCUGGUACUGCAAUCAGUGGUCUGUCACCGCGGAGAUUCCCUGCAUAGUGGUCACUAUAUCUCGUUUGCUCGGGUGGCUCCGAAGCUGCUGACCGAGAACCGAAGAUACGAGGACGACCCGCCUCCCGACUACGAAGAGCAGCAGUGGGCAAAGUUUGACGACCUCGCGGUGGAGAAUCGAGUGACGUACGUCGAUGAUAUCAAGCAGUCGCUACGAGAAGAAAUGCCAUAUCUUCUCUUCUACCAGGUCGUUCCCAUGGUUGACGUCACGACGGCUUCUACAGAUGGUUCUGUUACCGAACCUCCGGCUUACAAGGACUUGAACGGAAAGGUCCCGGCUACUCUGAUUGUCGAAACACCCAAGGAAUCCGUGAAUGGCACGAUUUCGAGGGCGACUAGUGGCUUCUUUGACUCUGCCACCACCCUCACCCAAAACAGCGAGAAGCCCUCGAUCCGGCUGAGCUCGGAAAUGAACAUGGACCAGCGCCUCAGCUUCGACGACGACCCGUAUUCAAUCAACUCCAAGGCUGAGCACUCCAGACGUGGUAGCUUGUCUGUUUCUGAUGCAGCCGCCGCGGCCCCAGUUACACCAGAGGCAACCUCACCUGCGGUCACGACACCUACCGCCACUCAGGAAGAAGGCAAGGAAGAAUCCACAGCUGCUAGACUAUCCCGUGCGGCAGCCAAGUUCACAAAGACGGGAAGUAAAUCUCGCCCUACUAGUCAGAUAGGCGAGGGAAGGCUUAGCUCCACCAUCUCGAGACUUGGAUUUAUUCGGCCGAACAAGGAUGGGUCGACGUCUAGCAACGGGAGUACUACUGUGGUGGUAGUCCCAUCUGUUGAUGGGGUUGCCACGGUGGAUGAGCAGGCUGUGGUGACAGAGGAGGAAGGCUCGGGGUCUGAAACCGCCACGGAGAGCAGAAAGGAUAAGGAGAAGGAGCACCAUCAUCAUCACUUGGGGCAUCACGGAGGGAACAAGAAGGAUAAGGGAAAAAAGAAGGAUAAGGAUGGGGAUGGGGAGAAGAAAGAGAAAAAGGAGAAGGGGAAGGGGAAAGACUCGAAGGAUGGAUUACCUGAACGGGAGUGCAGCAUUAUGUGA